AUAAACCUAUACUUAGUAGAGCAAAGAACCAUGAAUCAAUUAAAACAUCAAAACUUUAUGGACCAUAUUUUCGUAGCGAUUUACUGAUGAGAAACAAUUUUGAUGAUAACGGGUGUUCUUGCUAUUGUUGGUACUACGAAAGACCAAUAAGAGAAUUGAACGAUGAUUUUUCAGUGGAAGAAUAUGAAGUUUUUAAG